CCGGCUCCCGGCUCCCUCAGUGCGCGAGGCAGCGGCCGGCGCGAGCCCGUGUGGCGUGUCCGUGCUGCGUUCAUCCACUUGUCUCGAGUAACUCGACCGUCAGCAGCUCGCUCGAGUAAGCUGGGACUGUUAAGAAUUUCCAGCUGCAAGGCCAGCUGGUGCGUAAUCACAGGGACUUUUACUUUGUUCCUGCGAGACGCACCCAGUUUAUUCACACAAAGAGCUGCACUCGGCAGCCGUGAUAUGCAUGCGCUGGCGCCGCAGCGUCCGCGCAGCGCGCGAUAACCGCAGCCUGCCACUGUGCCAAGUCUCCGCUCUCUCACUUCGCUAGCUAACGCACGUGCCCGAAGACGCGUCGCGCGCCCUCGUCCCCGCGAGUGAUGCCGAUGACGGACUCUUCAAGUUACCAAACACUGGCAGCUUGCAAAACGUAAUCCGAAAAAAAAAUUGACGUUUGUGCGUCACUGAAAUGGCGCAUCGAGACGUGUUGAUGUAAACAAAAAUUGUGUAAAAACAAAACUCUGGAAGUUUAGUGCUGUUAGGAGUGAAUAAAAUAAAUAAAAAAAUUGUGCAACAUGACGUCGCGAUCGAAGGAAAAAGUAGCAGCUGCGUUUAGGAAGCUGUUUCGGUCUCCAGAGAAACUGGACAAUGAUGGAGCCGGGCCGAGCGGUUCCCCGGCCAGGCGCGGGCUACUGCGGCGACACAGAGACGGUGUGAGUCCAGCAGAAGCGGCCAGCCACCCCGGCAGUCCGUCGCCUGCCGCCCUCAGCAAGAAAGGCGGAGGCGCGAGCGACGUGCGCGAGCGCGCCGCGGCCGCAGCCGCUGUGCGCACGCGACGCCUCAUGAAGGAACUCAAAGAAAUACAGCGGUUACAGGAAAGCCGCUCUGAUCCUUUGUUUACGGUGGAGCUAGUAAACGACAACCUGUUCGAGUGGCACGUGCGGCUGCACCAGAUCGACCCCGAGAGCGAGCUGGCGGCCGACCUGCGCGAGCUGCACAUUCCCAACAUCCUACUGCACCUGGUCUUCCCGGAGAACUUCCCCUUCGCGCCGCCUUUCAUGCGGGUCAUCGAGCCCAGGAUAGAAAAGGGAUUUGUAAUGGAAGGCGGUGCAAUCUGCAUGGAACUCCUGACGCCGCGCGGCUGGGCGUCAGCCUACACAGUGGAGGCCGUGGUGAUGCAGUUCGCGGCGUCGGUGGUGAAGGGGCAGGGGCGCGUGGCGCGCGCGCCGCCGCGGCCCUCACGCGAGUUCUCGCGCCGCCGCGCCGAGGAGGCCUUCCGCUCGCUCGUCAAGACUCAUGACAAAUACGGAUGGGUCACGCCGGCGCUGUCCGACGGUUGAACGCUAUGUCCAAUUUCCAGCUGACUACAGACAGCCGAAAUGCAGAUUAGAUCUCUAUUAGUUAAUUAAUCGGAUAUAAUUUUAAAAGUAUUCUCAUAACUUAGUGCAAUUUUUAAUAAAGCUGUGUCGUUAGAUGACUGUAUAUCCCCUUAGACAAGUUCCCGUGUCGAAGCGAAUACAAUGAUUGAUCAGUGUUUUCAUGCUUCAAUUAAUGUAAUUAAGUAUUAUCCUUGUAGUUAGGUUACGAUAAAUAUAUUGUGAGCGGUGCAAUGUCUUGUUCAAAAUUGCUAAAAAAGCGGUCAAGAUUUUACUUUUAGGUAGGUAUAGGUACCAAGCCAAAUGGAAGGGCCUUAAGACACUUUUCGUACCUACCAUCAGAAAUUGGUGACAUUGAAAUUAAUGAAUCAACAUUUGACUGGUGUGAUAACUCUUAAAACUCCGUUAGCAGCUUAAUUAGAACAUAUCUGUAUCUGGCAUAGUCUUAAUUAGUCUACCUAUAUAUUUUAUUAACUUUAUGAAAUCGCAGAGGGUGACUAACCUAAUAAAUAACUGAAAGUCGAUUUUUAUGAUUAGAAGAUCACAUUUGGAUCACCUACGCUACGGAGUCCUAUCAAAACUAUACAGUGAAACAAUUUGAUAUUUUACAUAAUCGUUAACUUCUUUAGGUCAAUAGUUCACCUGUAUCUCCAUGAACUACGUCAAAUCCUUGUAAGUACCUGGCUAUUUUAAGAAUUUUGCAUGUGCGUAUCGCUCAAAAAUACUUUUGUAUAUUAAGCUAGAGCUAGCUGCUAGACCAACAUACUUUUUACUGUGUGUUUUGUAAAUUUGAAAAAUGUGCCAAACUAUGACUGUACAUAUAAAUAAUACUGGCGUCUGCAUACAUUUUAAAUCCAGAGAACUCUUACAGCACGCCUGAUACUUUCAUACUACCUAAUAGUAAUUAUAAUUAUAAAUGGAAUUUUCACUUCUUAUUGUGUCUUAGAAAAACAAUUCUAGUUCGAUGUCUAGCUGUCUGUCCUAGAUAUAAAUUAAAAGUUAAAAACAUCAAGAAACUCAAAAUUAUAAUGUUAUAUUAUUUGAUUGGUCAGUCAAGCAAAGCAGUAUAACGUUUUAAAGGAAAUGUUUCCGUCCCAACGUCAUUUAAACACUUGAAAUUGUAGAUAAUAUUAGUAUUACUAUUUAAAAUCCAUUCCAGCAGAAAAAAGGAAGAAUUGAGCACUUGCGUGAAUAAUUUGUUAUAUUUAUAUCAAACAACAUACCUACCUGUAUUGAAAGAAACAAAGUAAUAUGCGUAUUUAUUUUGAUUGAGGUGAUUCAAUUGAAUGUGCGUCCAAAUAGAAUGUUGACGUGUUUUUUCCUAGUGUACAUUAUAGAGAUAUUGUAACCCAUUAUCCUACAUAUAUUAAUUUCCAAAAAAUUGCAUAACUCAAAUUUAAGAAACGUACGAUACUGGCAUUACUUGCUAUAAUAAAAAUGACUGAAGAAACCUAUUUUUCAGAACUUAACACCAAAGAAAAAAGAUGAUUUUUAAGCACAAUGAGAAUAAUAAUAUAUACUCCUUGAAUUUUUUAAUAAAGUCGUAUGUAUUUAUAAACCUACGCUUUGAAUAGUAUGAAUAAAUUUACAUGUGUAUUGUAGUUAUUAUUUAAUUUUAUGAGUGGUCAAGUGCUCAAAUUAGUAGAUAUUUUGGAAAAAAAAACUUGAAACGAAAGGCUUGUGGUAACUUAAAAUGUUAUUAUUAAAUUAGAUUCAAAUACGCAUAAAUGUAUGCAAUUUAGAAAAUAUUUCUUGAUGUUGUUGAUUUGUUCUGUAAACCAAAGAUGUUUAUUUUUAUGUAAUAUUCCAAUGCAGUGCAAAAUGUGUAUUUAUACCUGGAUUAUAUGUACAAUGUUAUAUGGGUGUAAUAAAUUACAUGCUCAA